AUCAAUCAACCUUACAUAAAACAUAACACAUUUUCUAAAAUUACAAUGAAAUAAUAUCAAUUUUAAGUAAAAACCACAACAAAAUGUCCCGUGAAGAUUAUCUAUACACUCAAAUGAUUAUUCCUGUAUCAAAACAGACAUAUUUCAAUAUAAAACAUGUGACGCGAACUGCGAAACUGUGCGCUUACGAUAUGCUCUACCAUCCACCUGACUACAACCAGAAAUCGGCAAGAUCAGAUCGACAGGAACCGAAAAUAAUUAGAAAAAAUAUAUGGGAUCAAGAAUAUCCUAAAGGGAUAGCUUCAACGACUUACUUUCAGCUCGGACGCCCGAAGUGGAAACCAGUAGAUCUACCAACCAAACAGUUUGUAAGAGUUCAAGCGAAAAACGAAAAUCCACAUAUGCGUAUUUACAACAUUUUGGAAUGGGCCACACUGAUAAAUGAAGGGAAACCAAGUCUAUGCGAGUGAAACUAAAUUUAAAUAAAACUACAAUAAAGAUUGAGAACGU